AUGUAUAUGCCCAGCACAAAAUGGACAUGGAGCUUCAUGGGCGUGACGGUCUUCCAAUGCAUCGUCAGUCUGGCACUAGAGGGCUACGUCUUCGGACGAUUUCAGUCGAGCCUGGAUCUCGCAAGGGGAGGCACAGCGCCCAGCGACGCAUUGACGAUCCCGACAUACCUCGCCUUGUUCAUCUUCGGGUUCCUGUACGAAGUGGUGCUGGUCUGGGAUGCCCUGCGGCUGAAGAACACGAUUCAGGUCAUUGGCAUCUGCAUCUACAAUUUAGGGAUGUUGAUCUAUGCCGCCGUAGAAAUGGGCCAGGUCAGCGAUGCGAUCAAUAAAUUGGAGGCGAAAGGUGACAUUGACGAGGGGACAUGGAUCGCGCUGCGACCGUAUCUGAUCGCAGCGCCGUGCGUGAUAGCCCUUUGCACCGUCUUACUCAGCUUCCUCGCUUGGAAGCUGUACGAUGAGUUCGCCUGGACGAUCUAUAAACAUAUCUCUGCGGAUCUACGGCUGAAGAGGAGAUAUCUGACAUAUCAGAUCUACAUCGCCCUCCUCAAAUUCGACUUCUUCUUCUUCCUCGGCUUCACCGUGCAAUUCCUGGUAGUCGUCCCCAACACCUCGAACUUCGAAAAAUGGCUCACCGUCGCCGCCCUCCCCAUCACCGUCGUCCUCCUCUUCUUCGCCGCCUUCUUCACGAGGCGGGAAUCCUACGCCGGGCAAAUCGCAGUCAUCAUCCUCUACUUCGCGGGAAUGGCCUACUUCGUCUUCAAGCUCGUGCGCAUGUACGAGGCGCCCGAGAAGCGGGUGGAAGAAUAUAAGCCUGCGCGCCGGAGUCUGACGAUUUUCGCGGUUUUGACGCUGAUUGCGUUGGUUUUGACGAUGGUGACGGCUUUUGUGUGUAUGAGGAAUUUUAACAAGGGGCUUAAGCCGCAUAUUCAGAAGAGGGAGGUGCCGAAUGCGGAUGAGUUGAAGUAUACCAACUACGGGCCGGAUCAGUUCAAUGGGCCGUCGCAUUCGCUCGAGCCGGUGCCGCAUCGGAUGACGAUCGAUUGA